AUGAGUCAACUAGAAAAGACAUCUUUAGAUGAAAGUCAACCAGAGAAUAUCUCUUUACCAGAGAAGACUUUGGACAAUGAGUUAGGAAAAGAGACAACAUCUCUUAAUGUUGAGCUGAUAAAGUCAGAUUCUGACCAUGGUACUUUUUCAGGGGAAUAUCAUCCUGAUGAUGUGGACUUGCUUGCACCCGAAUUAACCAUUGAUGAUUCGCCUACUCUUUUAGAAAAUUUUAAAUUGAAGGUUUACAAGAAGCCUAAAAAUUACUACGACCAAAUUGCAACCAGAAAAUCGGUGUUUGAAGGUCCUGACCCAAACAUUGUUAAAACGUACUUUCCCACAUCUAAAUGGGAAAACUUUAAGGCAUUUGACCCUUAUUUUAGAUGGACUUAUGCUGAGGAUAAGGCGGUCACUAGAAAGAUUGACUAUAAGAUUCUUCCAAUUGUGUGUGCUCUUUUCUUUUGUUUGAACUUGGACAGAGGAAACUUGAGUUCAGCUGUUGCUGGAGGUAUUCUUGUGGAUUUGAAGAUGACUACUGAUGAUUAUAAUUUGGGAAAUAAUUUAAGAUCCAUUGGAUUUAUUAUUACUGAAAUUCCUUCUCAAAUGCUUGCUAAGAAAUUUGGUCCCGAUUGGUGGAUGCCUUUGCAAGUGAUAAUCUGGUCGAUUAUUGCCCUUGCUCAGUACUGGGUUAAUGAUAAGAAGGCUUUUUGGGCCUUGCGGUUCCUUCUUGGAGUUAGUCAAGGGGGUUUCAUUGCUGACAGUGUUUCGUAUGUUUCCUACUUUUACACCAGACAACAAACUGGUCCUCGGUUGGCUGCCUUCUGGUCACUCAUCUCCCUUAGUGGAAUUAUAAGUAAUUUGUUGGCAGUUGGCUUUUUGAAGGUCACUGUACAAGGUAAGGCAAGUUGGAGAUGGUUAUUCAUGUUUGAUGGGAUUAUCACUCUUGUCUUUGGAAUUGCCGCUCUUUUCUUGAUGGUUCCAGGUCCAACACAGACCAAGUCGAAGUUGUUUCCAAAAGGUUUCUUCAACGAAAAGGAAGAGAAAAUUAUAACUAAUAGAUUGAUCAGAGAUGACCCUACCAAGUGUGAUAUGCACAAUAGAGAAGGUAUUACAUUUAAGCAAUUUUUGAAGACUUUACUUGAUUAUGAUUUAUGGCCUUUGCUUGUUCUUUCGCUUACGUAUCAAAUUGCGUAUUAUCCUAUGUCUGCCUACUUGAAUAUUAACUUGAAAGCGUUGGGCUUUGGUACCGACCAAAUUCUUUAUCUCAACCUUCCAAUUUAUGUGUUUGAAGCCUUCACAAUUGUUGCUAUCACUUUGAUUAGUGAGUUUUUCAAUGAAAGAGCACUUAUCAGUAUAUUUCCACAAUUUUGGGUGCUUAUUUGUGUGGUAGUUGAGUUUACCAGUGCUGAAAAGAUUAGCAAUUGGGGACAAUAUGCGGUAAUGUUCUUUUUGAUUUCUAUGCCCAAUAUUCAACCUAUUCUUACUUCGUGGAUUUCAAGAAUAUCUUACUCGGUUAGAGCAAGAACAAUUUCGUCACCUAUGUCGAACAUUGGUAUCCAACUUGCACAGCUUAUAAGUAACAACGUUUACCGGUCUGAUGAUUCCCCAUAUUACCAUAGAGGUAAUAAGGCAUUAGUUGGGGUCACUGUAAUGAACAUAGUGCUUUUUGCUUUGACCAAAGUUUACUAUAUUUACAGAAACAAGUAUAAGAAGGGCAAGUGGGAUCUGAUGUCUGAUUCUGAAAAAGAAACUUAUCUACAAACCCACAGAAAUGAUGGUAACAAAAGAUUGGAUUUCUUGUUUGAACAUUAA